ACAAGAAAUGAAGUUAACUGAAUCAGCUUUUGGUGUUUUGACUCAUCAUCAGGUCUUAGUAGCUGCAACGUUUGGUUGCUGUGUUAGCCCGAACUCACGAAACUCGAUAGCGAGUAUGGCGAUGAGUCCAGCUCUUGAUGGAAAAGAAGCUAAACAGAAUGCAAAAGGAAGAGAUUCAACAGAUGUUGUGGACGAACCAUCAGAGAGUCUCAAGUUUCUAAAUAAUGCAGUUCUGAAAAAGCCAUUCCAUUCAGCAUUAGAAUGUAGAGUUAAAGAAGUUGAAGAAGUGAAGAUUGUGUUGAAAAUUCUACCAAUAUUUGGUUGCACUAUCAUCCUCAACUGCUGUGUGGCUCAGCUCUCUACAUUUUCAGUUGAACAAGCAUCAACAAUGGACACCAAAAUAGGUUCCUUUAAAGUUCCACCUGCAUCUCUCCCCAUAUUCCCUAUUCUCUUCAUUAUGUUCCUCGCCCCGGUAUACGAUCACAUAAUCAUCCCAUUUGCUCGAAGGAUAACAAAAACCGAAAUGGGAAUCACUCAUCUCCAAAGGAUAGGAGUUGGGUUAGUUUUCUCUAUUGGAGCCAUGGCAGUUGCAGCAGCUGUCGAGACGAAGCGCAAGGGAGUAGCCACCAAAAAUGGUCUACUCGACUCUGCCCAACCAUUGCCCAUCACAUUCCUUUGGAUCGCCAUCCAGUACUUAUUUCUUGGAUCAGCAGAUCUUUUCUCCUUGGCUGGAUCAUUAGAAUUUUUCUUCACAGAAGCACCUGCAAGCAUGAGAUCCUUGGCCACAUCUCUUUCCUGGGCUUCUCUGGCUAUGGGCUACUACCUUAGCUCAGUGAUCGUUUCGAUCGUCAACACCGUCACAGGUAACUCCAAUCACCAUCCAUGGCUAUCUGGAACAAACAUAAACCAUUAUCACCUUGAGAGAUUCUACUGGUUGAUGUGUGUGCUCAGCGGAUUAAAUUUUGUGCACUACCUAUUUUGGGCAAUGCAGUACAAGUACAGACCAAAAUCACAACAAUAGGUGAACUAUAUAUAUAUGUAUAUGUGAUGCAAUAAUACAUACGGGUUUCACCCAUUUAUUCUAACACAUUCAUAAACACUGCAAAUGAUCUCAUCUUUCAGCUGGCAUGAGAUAGAAUGGGAGAGUAA